AUGUCUCGGGAAAGAAAGAUCUUACGUUCAGACUCUUCUGAGGUUUCGGAAACUGGAGACUCGCCAUCGCCUGAGGGCCCCCCGGCCUCCGCUGUGAAAUUGGGGCAGAAAGCGGUCAGGAUUAAGGCUCCAAGCUACUUCCCAUUCAAUCUUCUGCCGGUGGACUGCCAGCUGCACAUCUUCACUUUCCUCUCCGAAGUAGAAAAGUGCACGGCGGCCUUGGUGUGCUCGGACUGGAGCAAGCUGAUGCGCACUCCGCGGCUCUGGAGGGUGGCGGACUUCAUGAGGCUCGGGGCCGUCCUUUCGGGGAUGGAUGGGGUGCUCGUGUCUGUGAGGGAGUUCGAAAGGUGGAAGGAGUGGGUACACCAGUAUGCUUACCACCUCAUUUCCCGAGGCGCCAGCCUACUGGUCCUCCGCGCUAGUUUCGAUUUAGGAGAUCAGAGGACUAAGUGGGCGGACUUUCUCCUCCAGUUGCUAGAGAGCGUUCAUUGCGGGGAGCUACAAGAACUUGAGUUGAACUGGACUCUGACACAUUUAGAGCCUCUCGAUUUCUACCCUCCGGGUAGCAUGGCUCAGAUCUGCCUGGCCAAGACCGACCAAUUCAACAGCUUUCAGACUCUUUUCGAGCGGCUCACUCGCACUUCGCCGAAGCUGAGCCGCAUGAAGAUGCCUUUCGAUUGGUCUGAACACUCGGUGUCGCUUCUUACGCACUUCCAACAUCUGAACACGCUGGAGCUAAACUACUUCUGGGUCUUCAAGAGCGUCCAGCCGGAAACCAUGCAGGAACUUACCAGAUCGCUCCCGAAACUAAAGACUUUGAUCUUGCAGGUUUUGGUCCCAGUGAAAGACUUGGGCGUCUCCUACCCCAUAGAAUCGAAAUCCUUGGAGGUUUUGGAUGUUUCUCAGAGCCGUGGGCUGGUGUUCAGCCACUUGGAUUUGCCAUCUUUGAAAGAGCUAAGGAUUAAGAAAACUAUAAGAGGGAUCAUCCUGAAUCGCAGGACCAGAGUGGCUCUUCAGACUCGCUGGUGUUGUCUGUACGACCUGCUCAAGACGGGUACUCCUAAACUUCAGGUGUUCAACUCUCACACAUUGCUUCCCAACUGGCAGACUCAUAGUUACCUGGAACUCAGUGAGGUCCUGCUGCAGUCCUGCUACUGUAUCCAACACACUGAUACCUGGCUACUCUAAAGAGGAAGAGAUGACUGUCCUGGACUCAGGGUU